UUUGGCCCUAACCAAAGCAGUUGGUUCGUGGCGCUUCUCCGGGAAACUUCUAAAAUCGGAAAAAUAGACUAUAAAGUGGUUUAACUUCAAACUCCGAACUUUAAACACCGUACUUCGGCGUACUCCGCUUGUUGAUGUUGUGGCAAAGCAAUAAAAACUGUAAUUAGUGUGCGCUUGUGGAUUCGCAGAAUUUAAUUAGCAAGCAAUGUGGUGAAAAGUGAAAAAUAAAUAAACAAACCCUUCAAAAGUGAAUAAAAACUAAGCUUUCGAAAUAAAAGAAAAAAAACAAUAUAAACGAAAUGCAGUUUCCGAAUGGUUAGUGUAACAAAGCGGCCACAAAUGUAAUCUAAUUUGCGUUGGCAAUGCAAUUCUCAUUUAAAUCAGAUUAUAAGCUUUAAUUCUUGUGUGAUCUGGCAUUAAUCUCGCUAUCAAUAUUUAUUUAAAGUGAGCCACUAAUAGUUUGAAACCUAAAUUAAUAGUACUUACAUGAAUUAUGACUCAAAAAUAAUUAAAAAGUUUAAACUUUAAGUCUAAAGCUUGGAUACCAUAUAAGCAGAGGAAGCAGUGAUAAUAAUAACCUACCCUUUAGGCCAGCGAUGAAUGCAGGGUGCGCUGUGUAAGUGCCUCUGUUCUGGAGUGGGCGGAUCCUAGUGGAAUCAAAGCCGGAACGUGACUUUUGCCGAAAGUAAAUUGAGCCACCGCAGCGAUAAAAGCUGCCAUGCCAACCGGCGAGUGUCGCUAGUACACUCGUAGAGAGAUAAAAGAUUCCAUGGCAGGGCCAAAUCCAGGUGCACCCGUGAUGAGUACCGAUGACAUCUAUUCGCGGGUGCACGCCACCGUCACCCUGCUGCCCCUGCUUCUGAUCCUGCAGCUGCUAACAUCCGUUGCAGCGACUCCUGUGCCUGUGAAUCCCUGUGCCCACAAGGGCAUGGCCGAGCUGAUUCGCACCAGUCCGGUGAUUGUCAAGGCCCUCGCCGCCCGGGUCUUUGCCGACGAGCUGGAAGCGCAGUCGUCAGCGCAGGACACGAUUUUAAUAACAUUAACGCCGGAAACGAUAUACAAGGGCGCCUCCCUGUUAAAAGUGGCAAACGGUGGCGGCGAUGCCGAGGACCCAAUGUCCCUACGAACCGGUGGCCAAAUGUCCUGGAGCUCGGGACACCGCAGCCGAGGCUCGAACACGGGAUCCGCAGGCAACGGCGGUUCCUGGAGCGAGGCUGCUGAGUCAGCCUUUCAGUACGAGGGGCAGCUAAAUGCUACCCUCCAGCCACUGCGAUGUUUCGAUAAUAACAUGCUGAAAAUGCUGCCGGCGGAAUUAAUUGCCUUUGGCAAACUUCUGCCCGCUGCGACAGCAUCCUCUGGAGGCAAUCCAGCCACCCGCCAGUUGCAACGCCCGCCAUUGGGCAGCGCCAGUGAUGUGCUGCAAAUCAGCAUCAACGGACUGCAUCGCUGGACGCCGCAGUUCGAGAAUCAUAUCUGGAAGCAUUUGGCACUCACCUUUAAUUUUCCCUUACUCUCUGCAAACAAUUGGCAACCAAUUACAGGUUGGGACGAUUGGAGCGACUUCACAUUGUGCAGCGUCACUUGUGGUCAGGGGGUUCAGCAACGCUUCAGGCGCUGUCUGUUAGACAAUCCGCUGGUGGACAUGAACAUGAACAUAAACCUGGAGGACGAUGAUGAAGAGGAUGUGACUGAUGGUACGGACGAUGAAGCCGCAGUUGAGCUGACCAUGUCCAAGGAGACGAACACUUUCAGCGACGGCAAUAACGAUCUGCUGGCCGAUGAUGAGGAUGAGAACGACCUGCUCAUAAUGCGAGCAAGUGGCGACGAGUCAUUGCAUAAAUUUGACCAAGCAACGACGAUAAUGCCACAGACCAGAGUCCGUGCCCAUCACCAUUCGAAUUCCAGUCCCCCAUCACCUGUCACCAUGGGAGAAACAAGUGGAGGUAAUGAACCACCAGCAGAUGAAGGAGGAGGGACUGACGAAAGUGUCAGGUUUGUGCCGAGUGCACACAAUGACCGGGAUGGGAAUCGAGUUGGAGUUGGAACAGGAACAGGCACUAGAGUUGGCACCAGGAAGGCACGUGCCAGCAAUCAACACAAGAAAAGAAAGCCUGCCAAGAGCGUGGCACUGUCCACACUUCUAUGCGAAGGCUACAACAUCGAGCAACGCAACUGCAACAGUUUCGAGUGCAGCGAUGACAUUAAUGAUCUAUUAAAGUUCUACAAAAAGCUGCCGAUGGGUGAUGACUUACCCACAGAUGCUUCGUAUGCCUCUUCCUACCCAGAUCCAUACUCCAAUGGGGAUCUUACCACAGCUGGACUGGUGGGCACUUCCUUUAGUCCAACACCAUCUACGCCCUACAAUAUGGGUUACAUCCGGACCUGGAGGAACUUGCUCAACUUUACCUUGAUGGUCACAUUAAGGGCUAAGAACGAUACCAAAAGCACGGCGACCAUAUUCUCCAUACGCAACGCCACCCAUAAUCUUUAUUUGGAGGCCUGUAAGGAUGGACUCCGCUUGUAUCUAGAGCGGGACAAUACGACGGAAAUGUUGCCGGUGAAAUUCAAUUUAUACGAUUAUCGCUGGCAUCAAGUUGCCAUCAGCAUACAGAAUGGCGAUUUCAUAUCGAUUUACGUCGAUUGCGCGUGGACAAACAGCUUCGUUGUCUCCAAGCGACUCUUUACGUUGCCCGUGGAUGCGGAUGUGGAAAUUGGACGCGGCUUUAAUGGGGAACUGCAGCAACUACUCGUCCUUCCGGAAAACCAAGAACGGCUUCAAUGCAGCAAUAAACGCACCUCCAUCAACGAGGUGAAACGCUACAUCAUCGACACAUUCAUCGAGGACUACAACGGCAACUAAGGGAAAAGGCCAAUCGACCGAAAGCCACUAAAUAUGCAUGCAAAUAUCCGUAUAUAUAAUAUAUAUAGCGGCAUAUAAUUCCACACGAAAUCCGAUUACAAAUUCGGCAAAAUCAAAACUGCAUAGAUUUAUGAUUAUUCAUUUCAUUUGCAUAUACAUAAGGCCAAAAAAAAAAUUGUAUGUGCCACUAUUACAUACUAAUAUAACGCAUACGCCAUGUGAUUUAUGCGCUAGCAAAAAGCGCACUCCACCACACAGCCCAUAACCAGUCAGUAAAAUUCGAUUACGGACACAUUAUGGAUGUCAUCAUUCCCAUAGAAAAUAACCCCGGGAAUGUGCUCGGUAUUUGUAAUAAUUAAGCUAAUUUGACGGAAUACAAUAAUUGUAAACGCAGAAAUUAAUACAAUUUGCAUAGCGGAAGGCAAAUGCAAAAACAAAGAAAAUAAGGAGAACAGAAUGAUCAAAUAUAACGCAACUAUGUAUAU